UUUUGCUCGUCGCGGCGCGCGAGAGCUGUGGGGCGUGAGAGAAAAUAUCUAGAUAUUUGUUAAAGUAAAAUGGAUGGCUAGGAUUUGAUCUAGAGAAAGUGCUUUUGAUCCAAUGGCCAAGAGUGACCAAGACCAAUGUAUAGUAAGGAGGUUUAGCUUCUUUGGGGACUUAGAAAAAUCUGAAUUUUUCCAUUUCUCUUCCUCUCCAAACCGUGAAGCCAUCCCCCAUUUUCAUACCUUCACCAAUUUUUCAUUUCAUCACCAAAUCAUCUCAUUCCAAGCUAGGGAAAUCCAUAGAACUUGCAAGGAAAUCACUUCUCUUAAGGAAGCGAGAAAGCGUAGAAUAGUGCGAGAACGUAUUUGUUUGGAAGCUUGCCGAGUUGGUGACCCUUGCUUUGUAUGUGAUAAAUGAACGGGUUAUCCCCCACCUUAGAUGACAGAGAGCCUAGCGAGACUGUGGGUCAUGUGGAUGGCGAGGACUUCGUGGACUAUCCCGGAGUGUAGAGAGUAGCGCUUGUUAGGCUACAUUUUUGGUUAGGCUUAGGGCCUAGUUGUAUUUUGGAUGACUGUAUGUCUUAUACAUUUAUACUCAGAC